AUGUCCAAAUUCAAACAACAACUUCUUUUUCUGAAUGAACGCGAGAAAUUUUUUAUUAAAAGUAAUGAUAACCUGAUUCAACCAAUUGUUUCUUCAUCUGCUUUAUCAAAUCUUAACUUAUCGUCUUCAUUUUCAUCUUCAACUCCGUCUUCAUUUUUGUUCUCCGAAUCGAUACCUGAUCGUGGUUCAAAAGAAUUUAUAAAUGAUGCUACAUCUGAAUCUGAUGAAUCAUUAAUAGCGCAAGAAAAAAACGAUUUAUUUCCAGACAAAUAUGUAAUGCCACCUUUACCAAAUGCUUUACUCAAAGAUAUACAAAAUGGAGCUUUGAAUAAAUUUGGUCCACAUUAUUCUAACCGUCAAAUUCUUAUUGAAGCAGUUGCCUAUGAUUUGAUUGAUAAAUAUAAUAUGUUGUAA